AUGGAGGUCGACUUGGACAACACCACGGACGACCAAAUAUUGGCCGACGCUAUGGCCAAGGCGGAGAUGCACAAUAAAACAGCAUCUCCGCCCGGUCGCGCAGUGCUGCAGUUACUGCAGUCGCCACCGCCACCGCCGCCACCGGGGCCUCCGCCGCCGCUACCGGGACCUUCGCCGCCGCCACCGGGGCCUUCGCCGCCGCCACCGGGGCCUCUGCCGCCGCCACCGGGGCCUCUGCCGCCGCCACCGGGGCCGAAGGAAAACAAUCCGCCGCCGUCGUCUUCGACGACUGAUAGACCGCGUAAGUCUGAAAUUCGCCAAGGUGGUAUCGAGCUGGGCGUGGGCGGAAGGCGGAUCGCGGCGGUAGCCACAAUCGUGGCCGUGGCCGUGGCCGUGGCCGUGGCCGUGGAUUUCCGAUGA